UAUGAAAACAAUAUGAAUAAUCCAGAUCGAGUCGGAAUUAUCAAAUCUAUACCCUCGUCCUCACCCACAAGCCAAUGUGAGAGUUUCUUCAAGGGCUGUACUUGACAAAUUGACAUAAAUAGCGCGUUUUAUUAUUAUUAUUUUUUAACCCCAACCCCUUUCUAUAUAAUAUAGAAUACACCUUAUUAUAUAUGUCCACCUAAUCUGGCUUGCCAUUAUCAUUAUUCAUAUAUUCAUAUUUUACAUCUCACUCUCCCUCUCCCUCUCCUUAUCACACUCUAACGGCUUCCCCUGCUUUAUAUACUACGGCUACUUCACCCCCUUCUUAAAAAAUCCACAUUAUUCUCUCUCUCUUUAAUUCUCCCUUCUUUCAGACAUUUCAUCAAACACCUUCCGUGCAACUCAGCUAAUCAACCUUGCCGACCUCCAUUAACCUUACAUCAAUGGCGGAACGCCAUGGAAGAGAAGCAGAGACUUCCCAGAACGACACUGCAACUACAGCUACUGCUACUGCUACUCCUUCAACUUCAUCUUCUCAAUCCCUUUCUGGGUUAACUCAAUCCUCUCCCCAAAUCAACAACAAACGAAAGAGAGAAAACAGCAAAGACCUAGUUUACAGAGGAGUGAGAAAACGAGCUUGGGGCAAAUGGGUAUCCGAAAUUCGAGAACCCAGAAAAAAAUCACGAAUAUGGCUUGGUACAUUCAACACACCAGAAAUGGCGGCGCGUGCUCACGACGUUGCCGCACUUUGCAUCAAAGGUAAAUCCGCAAUUCUCAACUUCCCUGAACUCGCUAACUCACUCCCUCGACCUGCGUCGAAUUCGCCGCGUGAUGUUCAAGCUGCUGCCGCUUUAGCCGCUGCGACGGCGAUGGAGUCGCACGCGCCGUCUCCUGCGGUGUCUUCGUCUUCUUCGGAGGUUAAUGGGCCUAUUGGGCCUGAAGAGGAACUGAGUCAGAUUGUCGAGUUACCGAGUUUGGAAGAUGUGGGUGAUGACUCGGCCGAGUCGAAGGCCGAGUUAGUGUUGGUUGACUCGGUUGAAGAGUGGGCUUACUCGCCUGGUUGGACGGUCGAGAUGGGUUUAUGUGGGUACUUGUUUGAAUCAACGGCUGACAUUUCAUUGGCUGAUUAUUAUGGGGUAGGAUAUACAAAUGUUGAUUAUUACUAAAAAUUUAUUAAAAAAUAUAAAAAUUACUUUUGUAAACAUUUUAUUUUAUGUUUGGGAGAGUGGAAAAUUUCUUCCUGUUAAUAUUAAAAAUUUUAGAUUUUUCUAUAUUUUUUUUAGUUUGUAUAAAUAUACUAGUAGGAUGGAUAAAUGUGUGAUGAUGAAAUUUUUUUUGUGUGAAAUUUCAAUGAGUGUAGAUGAAAUUAGAGAUUUUUUUUUUCUACUCUUAUUAUGUCAUGAAAGUUUUUUACCUAAAUUUAGGUGUAAAAUUAUCAAAACUUGUGUUUAUAAAAGUUGAGUUUGGCAAAACUUGUUUGCUUAUACCAUUCACAUGUUUUAUCAUACUCCAAUACUCUACUUAAAGGCUUAAAGCACGUAAGUUUGUCAAUGCAAUCGUUAAGUAUAUUAAUCAUAAUUAUAAAAAAAAAUAAUACAUAAAACAUGAUUAGAGAUAUUGACAACUUUUAAAGAUCGAGGGAGUAUAUAAUUACGUCUUUGUAAUUGUCCGCAUUAUAUCAUUUUAAUCAAACUUAAAGACACAC